CCUUUAAAGUAACACCAACGUUAGAUAAUUUAAGCAAAGCAAACAUACAAUCCAAAGAAGCAACCAUUUCCUAAAAAGGCAACCAAUCUCCAGCAAACUACCUAACAGAGUCUUUUCUUAUACUUUGACAUUCAGAAUUUCAGAUUGCCUGCAAUCUUGGAGUUGAACACAGAAGAGAGAGAGAGAGAGAGAGAGAUUCAAGCUUCAGGGCAAGGAAGUUAGGAAGAUAUGGGGACUUUAUCUGCCUCUCUUGUGCUUCCAGCAAAGCAAAAAUCUGAGCUUUUCUACAGAACCAGGAAAAGAUCCAGGAACAGGAAGCCCCAAUCCGUUGUUCCUAUGGCCAGGUUAUUUGGGCCAUCCUUAUUUGAGGCAUCAAAGCUAAAGGUUCUAUUUUUAGGAGUUGAUGAAGAGAAGCACCCAGGAAAGCUUCCAAGAACUUACACACUUACACACAGUGAUAUCACCUCUAAGCUCACUCUGGCCAUCUCUCAAACAAUAAAUAAUUCCCAGUUACAAGGUUGGUAUAAUAGGCUGCAAAGAGAUGAAGUAGUUGCAGAGUGGAAGAAGGUGAAGGGGAAAAUGUCACUUCAUGUUCAUUGCCACAUAAGUGGAGGCCAUUUAUUGUUAGAUUUAUUUGCUAGACUUAGGUACUACAUCUUCUGCAAAGAACUUCCUGUGGUUCUGGAGGCGUUUGUUCAUGGAGAUGAGAAUUUGCUGAAUAAUUAUCCAGAAUUGCAGGAAGCUUCUGUCUGGGUUUACUUCCACUCAAACAUUCCGGAAUUCAACAAGGUAGAGUGCUGGGGCCCACUAAAGGAAGCGUCUUCCACCGGUGGUGGCGGCGGCGGGCCCCACUCCAGCAAGAAAAGCUUAGCAAGCAACCGGGACGUGCCACAGCCUUGCCCAGAAUCUUGUGAUUGUUGCUUCCCUCCAAUGAGUUUGAUUCCUUGGUCCUCAUCCUCACACGACCUCUCCGGGCCCCCUCCCCCUCCGUCCACUCUCCCGGGAGUGGGUCUACCCCGCCAGCAAUGAGAUUCGGGGGGAAGGCGGAGAUGGAGAAGUAAAUCACAAGAUGUGUUUCAAUGAUUUAUGCCGCUAGUAUACUGGUGGCUAAACUAAACUAAACUCCAGUAGGUGAAUUAUUACUUCAUCUUGUGUAGUAAAAACACACACAUAUAUAUAUAUAGUUCAACAUGUAAAUAAUACUAUGCUGUAAAUUUUAACCUUUUUUUUUUUUUUUUUUUUUUUAAUGUGUGCUGUUUUGUGUUUGGAAUUUAUUCUUUGGACAAGACUGCUUUUCAAUG